CAAAGGAAGAGGGGGAAAGAGAGAUACUACAGUGCAUGUGAUGUUAAGAGAGAGAGCGGGUGGGGCACUGUAGUUAGUUAGUUUUCACAGGGCCAAAACCUGUUGUGGAUUUACAGAGACAGACGGCCUGUAUAAUACUAUACAGUGGUGUGGGGCUCCAACACCCAGAGGACUGUACAGAGACACGGCACUGUGUGGACUCACACAAGAAAAUCAGGAAAACUUCAUCAGCAUGCAGAGUGUGAGUUCCCCAGGGAGGGGGGGAACCCUGUCGGAGGAGUCGUUCCAGUGUUCUAUCUGCCUGGAGGUCUUCGUGGAGCCCGUCUCUACCCCCUGCGGACACAGCUUCUGCAAGGCCUGUCUGCAGGGCUACUGGGACCACAGCAAGAAGUUCCUGUGCCCCAUGUGUAAGAAGAGCUACAGCCGGAGGCCGGAGCUCAGCAUCAACCGGGUCCUCGCUGAGAUCGCUGCCCACUUCCAGGGCCUCGAAGUAGGGGCUGUUUCACCAAACACGAAGGGGGGUGCGGUGGCUGGGAGUCCGGUGGCGGGUCACAGGAUUCAUGGAGAGUCACCAGCAGCUGCGGCGGAGGGUGGAGAGUUUGCGCGGGCAGGCGAGGUGCCGUGUGAUGCGUGCAUCGGGAGGAAGAUGAGGGCACUGAAGUCGUGUCUCAACUGUCCAGGGUCAUUCUGUGAGGCACAUCUCCGACAUCAUAAGAAGGUGAAGUCUCUGACGUUUCACUGCCUUGUGGAGCCUGUGCAUCAUCUGGAGGAGAAGCUCUGUAAGAAGCAUGAGCGCCUGCUGGAAGUCUACUGCCGCAACGACCACGGCUGUGUCUGUAUCUCCUGUGCCGAGGCCACCCACAAGACUCACGAGGUCGUCUCGGUUGACCGCGAGUGGAAGAAAAAGAUGAAUUAUUUGGGCAAGAGGAGGUCGGAGCUGAAAUACAUGAUCAAGGAGCGGACCAAGAAGCUGGAGGAGAUCAAACAGUCAAUACGGGUCAUCAAAAGCAGUGCUCAGAAGGAGUUGGAGGAGAGCUGGCAGGUGUACGCGGAGCUUCAGUGUCUAGUGGAGCAGAGCCAGGCUGAGCUGGUGGAGCUGAUCACUACGAGGCAGCGCGAGGCUGAGAGGCAUGCCCAGGAGCUGGCCCGAGGACUGGAGAGCGACCUGAGUCAUCUCAGGAAGAGGAACGAAGAGUUGGAAGCCCUGGCACAGAACCAGGACAAAGUCAUCUUCCUCCAGAGACUGUCCGCCCUAGCGCUCCUCCCGGAGCCCAUUGAUUGGUCAGGAGUGAGUGUGAACACUGACCUGUACCUGGGUACCAUCCAAUCAUCCGUCAGUGCUCUCGUCGACAAGUUCCAGGAAGAAAUCAAGAGGCUGUAUGGAAAAGAGCUAAGGAAGCUGCAGAACUAUGCAAGUGAGGUGUUCCUGGACCCGGGCACAGCCCAGAGGAACCUGGUCCUGUCAGAAGACGGUCGCCAGGUGAUGUACGAGGAACGAAAGCACAACCAGUCAGAAGGCACUCGCCGCUUCAACCCCGCCCUCUUCGUGCUCGCAUGCGAGUGCCUCUCCUCGGGACGCCAUUACUGGGAGGUCGAUGUGGGCCGUAAGACUGCCUGGACUGUGGGCGUGGUGCGAGCAUCGGCCCGCCGGAAGGGAGAGAUCAAGCUGAGCCCCGAUGGAGGGUACUGGUGCCUGUGGCUGAAAGGUGGGGAGGUCAAGGCUCUGGCAUCCACCCGACUAUCCCUGCAGCUGGCCUCUCACCCCCAGAAGAUCGGGAUCUUCCUCGACUACGAAGGCGGCCAGGUGUCGUUCUACGACGUCAAGAAGCACACGCACCUCUUCACAUUUGAGGAUACCUUUAAUGAGAGUUUGUACCCCAUCUUUAGCCCCUGUCUCAAUCAGGAGGGAAAGAACGCAGCCCCGCUCAUCAUCAGUGCAGUGAAGCAUAGAGGGGAGGGAGAGGGGCAUAUUUUAGGGCCGAGUAGCUGGGGGUUAGUGGCAGCAGUGUCAUGUGUCAGUGUUUGGCCAGAGCGGUCACUCUGUACAGUGGCUUUCUUGCAACAGCUGCUUCUCUCUGUAAUGGCUUACCUUGCAGGAAAUCAUGGAAAUCUGACGGAGGAGCAAGUCCACUGCUCCAUCUGUCUGGACGUGUUCACCAACCCUGUCUCCAUCCCCUGUGGACACAACUUCUGCCGCUGCUGCAUCCUAGACUACUGGAAGACCACCGCCCUGUUCCAAUGCCCCAUGUGCAAGAAGACCUUCUUCAAGCGGCCCGACAUUAGCAUCAACACCGUCCUGAGGGAGAUCGCUGAGCAAUUUAAGGACAUCAGGGUUAGCAACGCCGAGCGUCUCCAACGGCAGGAACUGAAAGAGGAACGAGAUUUGCAGAAGAAGAUGGAAGAGCAGAAACAGAAGGAGGAGGAGCAGAAAAAGACGGAGAGGGAAAUGAAGAAGAAAGAACAACAGGAGCUGGUUCAAAAGCAGCAGAAACUUCUCCAGGAGCUGAGACUGAAGCAGGAGAUGCAAAAGCUACAGCUGCCACAGCUGCAACGAACGACGAGCCAGGAACCAGAGAAACCAAUAGAAGAGAAGCCAGAGGGAGAGCCAGAGGAACCUCCAGCCGAUGCUCCUCCAUCCCCACCCCACAGCCCAUGGGGCGAGGUGUCUUGUGAUGUCUGCAUGGGCGACCGGAUGAAGGCCGUCAAGUCCUGCCUGGUGUGUCUGACCUCAUACUGCGAGGAACACAUCAAGAACCACAACACACGCUUCACCAAACACAAGCUGAUCGAACCCGUGACUAACCUGGAAGAGAGGAUGUGUCCCAAGCACGAGAGGCUUCUGGAGCUGUUCUGUAAGAAAGACCAUAUCUGUGUGUGUGUGCUGUGUACGGAGACGGACCACAGAGCUCACUUUACUGUACCUGUAGAGAGGGAGUGGACUGAUAAGAAGGCUCAGCUGAAGAAGACAGAGAUAGAUGUACAGCAGAUGAUCCAGGAAAGACUGAAGAAGAUGGAGGAGAUCAAGCACUCAGCGGAGCUGAAUAAGUCCAGUGCCCAGAGGGAGAUCGAGGACAGCAUGCAGGUGUUCCAGGAGCUGAUUCGGUCCAUCCAGAGGACCCAGGCUGAGCUGGUGCUGGCUAUAGAGGAAAAGCAGAGAGAGACAGAGAGGUGGUCCCAGGGCCUGAUAGGGGAGCUGGAACAGGAGAUCACUAAACUACAGAGGAGGAAUACAGAACUGGAGCACCUCUCACGCACAGAGGACCACAUCCACUUCCUACAGAGUUUCCCAGCCCUGUGUACCCCUCCAGCCACUAAGGACUGGUCUGGGACCAGUGUACACACUGAAGUGUGUGUUGGGAUCAUCAGGAGAGCUGUGUCCAAAUUGGAAGAGACGCUGAGUGAGGAAAUUGACAAACUGGUUGACUCUGAGCUGAAGAAGAUUCUUAAGUACACAGUGGACCUGACCCUCGACCCAGACUCAGCCAACCCGUGGCUCCAGCUCUCGGAAGACCGCCGUCAAGUUAGGCACCUGGGAACUUGGCAGGACCUCCCGGACAUCCCAGAGCGUUUUGACACUGUGGUCAUUGUCCUGGGUCGCGAGGGCUUCACGGCGGGACGCCACUACUGGGAGGUCCAGGUGGGGGACAAGGAUGACUGGUACCUAGGUGUGGCCAAGGCAUCAGUCAACAGGAAGGGGCGUAUCGCUGUCAGCUCCUCCCAGGGCUACUGGGCGCUGGCCAUGAAGAAAGACCAGGGAUAUAGGGCCUCCACGACCCCGCCGUUACCUCUAACCCUUGACCCCAAGCCAAAGAGGGUUGGGGUGUAUGUGGAUUGCGAAGAGGGCCAGGUUUCGUUUUACGACGUGAAGGAGAGGAGUCAUAUCUAUACAUUCAUGGAGGACAACUUUAAGGAUAAGUUGUUUCCCUUCUUUUAUCUGUACUGUUGUGAUAAACAGUCGGAUGCCAUGGUGAUCUGUCCGAUCAAUGAAAAGAGUCUGAUCAAGCAAUGCUGAGAAAUACUCUGACAACAACUCUGAAAGACUACAAUUCUGUCUGCAGAAAAUACUGUGACCUAUGAUCUUGGUAGGGCAACCGUAAUACAAUUAUACAUUGACACUUAGUGGUGGCUUAAAGUACCUUGGGGGUGAGUGCCCGACGUCAAUAUCCUUGACCUUAUUGAUAUUUGUUAUGGUGAUAACAAGCUGAUUUGUUUUCUUGUCCAGCCCCCCUAGGCCCCUGGUCAGUUGAACCCUGUUGAGAAAGAUUGCAACUCCGGCAGCAACUCUGAAAGACAACAAUUCUGUAUGCAGAAAAUAGGGGAGAGUGGGGUAUAUUUUAACCAUUGUUUACAUUCAGCAUCACUACGCCAAGGGAAAUAUAGUAUUCUUUCUAACAAAGAUAUCUACAUAUAUUUCAAUGUGGUUUAUCCCUGAAAAUAAUUAGAAUUAAUGUAAACAUAACGGUUUUGAAAACAUAGCCUUUCCAAAUAAAAAAGUGGUUUGCUCAACUUACGCUGGGUAUGGGGUACGUUGAGCAUCGGGACAGGGUAAGUCGAGCAGCCUUGGGGUAAGUGGGUGAUGGUGUCCUGUGACAGCGGUUGAUGGUGCUGUUAGGUCAAAGUUUAAUUCAUGGAAUGGGUAUACUGUAUAUGUUAAAUAUAUGUCUACAUUCAGAUAUAGAACACUCUGUUCAAUAUCCCAUACCCCUCUAUUUAUUGACCAGUUGUCUGGGACAGGGAUGUUGUUUUGAUGUGCCAAUUUGUUGGCUAGUUCUCUGCAUUUGAGGCUACAAAGCCCAUGAAACUGGUCCAAAAGAUUAUUGAUGUGUUUAGCAAAGCUCAAACUCUAUGUCAUCAGAUAAGACCAUACAGAAUGUGCAUCUGCUACUCCUAUCAUAGCCUCUCUUUCGCACAGCUACAUGUUCAUUUUGUUUUUCGGUCAUUGUCUAUUUGUUCAUCCCUUGCUGCUGCUUGAGAUGGACUUCUUCCCUUCUCUCACUUCCUUGGCUGCUCGCUCAAGAACCUCUUUGUGGCUGGAACCCUGCUUGUUUUACGUUUGUGUACACGGGACAUGAUGUCUGCUCUGUAACAAUUGAAAUGCACUCUCUUGAGUUCAUAUGUUCAGACACAUUGCAAAAAUACUAUGCAUGCUAUGCAUAAAACGGACUAAAUGUAAUCAUUUGUAUGGGGUAUGGUGGCCAUUGGCUCAGCUUAACCCAUGAACAUUGGCUCCACUAACCCCAAGGCAAACAAGAAUGCACAUUUGUGAAAGGUUUAGGACCUCAUAUUCAUCAGAUCCCAACUGAUGUGUAAAACAAUCAUAAAACUAUCUACUUUGCUUUAGAUACAAGUGUCAUGAAACUUAUAAACAAAAAAUGCAUUUGCUUUGUGAAAAGCCGUUAUUUGGACCCAACUUGCUUGCCACUUUUUCCAUGUGGUUUCUUCCUUCACAGAUUCCAUGAAAUGAUGACCUCUUCCUAAAUAUUUGGUCACUUGAUUAAUUUGAUGUCUGCUUUCCUAGAAACAAGGGGUGGCUCAACGAACCUUUUUACUCAACUUUCCCCACUCUCCCCUACCUCAAAGCUGCAAUAUGUAACUUUUUGAAAUUGAAAUGUCAAAUUCACAUAGAAAUGUGAGUUAUAGAUCUGUCACUCAUUGAAAGAAAGUCUAAAAAGCAGUAGAUCUGUUCUGCGUGUGCCUUUUCUAUGCUUCCCAUUCUUACGUUUAGUUUUUGCAUCUUUUACUUUCGGUUUUGCAGACCAGCUUCAAACAGCUGAAAAUGCAAUAUUUACAGUUAUUAUAUGGUACAAUGAUUCACUACACUAUACAUUGAUUGUUUUGUUACAUAAACUGAAAUUAGGUGAACUAUUCGAAAUUCUAGCAUAUUGCACCUUUAACAUAUAAUCCUAAUAGACUGGUAGGUAGGAUGAUAGUGUUGUUUUUUGUUUGUGUUUUUUUGAUGGCAUAUAUCCUGUUGAUUAAAGUCUAGAUUAAACAUCAAAAUGAAUAUGAAUCUAACAGACAUGGGUUUAAAAUACUUGAAAAUAAUUUAAAAUUCUUUAUCUGUGCCUAUUUCAGCUUGCCGGAUUUAAUAAACCAAUAGAUAAGUCUCAAAACUGCUAAUCCCGUCCAUCUGGCACUCCUGGCAGAUUCAAGCAAACGCUCAAAGUAUUUGAACCCAGGUCUAAAAUGUAACAUGCCUUAAUUAAUUGUAUCUAUGUUGAAGACAGUAUUGUUUACUGACUUGCACUUUAGCAUUGCAUGCCUAUUUACAUAUUCAAUGUACACUGUAGAAAUAGGACAAGGACUUUCAACAAUAAAUGUGUUUGUCUUUGG